CGUAGUGAUUUUACUAGAAAACAGACGUCCCUGUUUAGAAGCCAGCCGAUCGCCCAGUGCCAUCACCCUGCCUGCUGGCUGGGCAGGGUAACUCCUCAGGUCACCACCCCCGUCUCCAGCCUGCCUUGGGCUUGGGGAGUGAGGAGAAGGGCGAGGGACGACCCUGAACAUCCUCCAUCCAUCGCUCCGUCACCAGAGCAAGAUGGCUGGGCUCCUGAGGAUGUUCAGGAAGAAGGCUCUGAAGGUGGCCCCAGAGCCUGAGGGGAGCAGCUGCCAUCUUCCCCAGGAGCAGAGCGGCCCCUCCGUCCCCGCUGGCAGGGAAGGAGCUCCCGGCCGGACCAGAAGGUGGAAGUUCCCAGCCUUCUGGAAGAGGAAACCUGUUCCCGGCGCAGGCGCCGAGGUGGGAGAGGCACCGGCCAGGCCAAAAUGGAACUGGGCCAGGAUGCGGCAGGGCAGGCGGGACCCAGCCCAGGAGCGCAACCGGGCAGGGUGGCUCCGGGGCUUCUUAUGUGGGCAGCAGCGGCCCCAGGAGCCCAGCCCCGAUUUCCAUCAGGAGGCAUCGCCCUGCCUGGGCAGUGGGGACCUUCCAGCCUUCCCAGGGCAGGAGGUGGAGGAUCCCUCUCCCAGCCCCAGCAGCUCGGCCCGCUCCCCAUGGGACAGCAGCAGCAGCGCCUGCGACUCAGACAGCAGCUUGGCCCGCUCCCGAUGGGACAGCAGCAGCGCCUGCGACUCGGACAGCAGCUCGGCCCGCUCCCCAUGGGACAGCAGCAGCGCCUGCGACUCGGACGGCAGCUUGGCUGAUGGACGCUUCUGCUUCGUUCAAGGGACUGCCAGGGACUCCGAGGAUGAGAAGGAGGAGGAGGAGGAAUGGGAGGACAUGGUAACAGAGGAGGCUGCUCUCAAAAACAUCCGAGAACAGCUCCCGGGCUGA